AUGUCAAAAAAGGAUUAUGUUAUAUUUGGACAUCCUUUUGAAAUUAUUGAAGAUGAUGAUAACGGUGGAAUGAAUAAACGCUCAAAGCGACAAUACGAAGAGAUUGUUACAGAUGAAAAAGGUAGACAACGUUUUCAUGGAGCAUUUACAGGUGGAUUUAGUGCUGGAUAUUUUAAUACAGUUGGUAGCAAACAUGGCUGGGUUCCAACAUCAUUUACAUCAACUAAAGGAAAAAGGACAAAUUUUGAAGGCCAAAGACGGGAAGAUUUUAUGGAUGAUGAAGAUUUAGGUGAAUUUGGAAUUGUUAGUUCAAAGGUUAAAUUUAAAUCAGAUUAUGAUACUUUAAGUAAAACUACAAAACAAUCAAGUAUUAUGGCAAACUCACUAGAACUUCAUUUAGAAGGAAUACUUAGUUUGAGAGAUGAUAUUAAUAUUGGUGUUAACAUAUUAAAAUCAAUGGGUUGGAAAUAUGGUCAAGGGAUUGGUGAAAAAUUGUCCCGUAAAAAUUUAGAAAAAAUGCGUGUUUUGGAAAGACAGAAAAAUGGAUUUAAUUUAGAAAAAGUAAAAGAAUUUGAAAGAUUUGCUCCUGAUUUUAAAUUUGCUCCCGAUGAUGUUGAGCUUCCGAAAGCUGAAAUAAAAAAAAAUAGACAUGGAAUUGGAUACAAAGGUUUGAUUUCAAGUAAUUCUAUUUUUAAUGAUUCUAAAAAAAAUACCAAAAGUCAAAUAGCUGGGAGUAAUGUUUUAUUUAAGGGACAGGCAUUUGGAGUGGGAGCACUUGAAGGAGAAGAUGAUGAUAUUUAUGGAAUGCCUGAUAUGAGUGAAUAUGACUUUGAAUUAGUAUCUAAAAAAGAAAAAACACAAAAGUUUAGUUCUAAUGAUGCAGAAUUUGUCAAAAUUGAAGAUAGUCAACAACCAAGAAAAUCAUUUUAUUCUGAUAAAGUGCCUUAUAAUUUUGAUUGUAAACACAAACCUUUAAAAUUUGACUACAAAUUAUUACCAAAAAAUAUUUUAACAAUUAAAGAUGAAAUGACUUUAGAAGAAAAAAAAAUUGUUUUUGCUGAAGGUAAAUAUGCUGCUACUAGUAUACUUGAAAACAAAUCUAAGACUAUUGAAUGCAAAAAAGAAGAAAAUAUUCAAAAAGAUUAUUUUUCGAAUGAUUCUAUGAAAAGAUAUAGGUAUAAUCAAUUUUUUAAUUAUAUUAAAAGAGGUAUUAUUUUGCCAAUGCCUGUUGGAAUGUCAAAAAAUGAAUGGGAGAAAGAAAUUGAUGAAUUUAAAAAACUUUUACCCAUUGAAAUGGCAAAAAAAUAUGACUCUCUUAAGGAGGGAGUAAAAUCAUUAGCGCAAUAUGAUUACAUGGAAAAAAUGAAAGAAAUGAUAUCAAAUAAAUUUGUAAAAUCAGAAGAUACUGAAAAAGAUAUCCUGAAACCAACAGUCGAAGAAAAACCAAAAAAAUUUCGUAAAGAAAUUACACGAACUGUACAAGAGUGGCAUCCGUCUCAUAUUUUGUGUAAAUUAUUUAAUGUAAAAGAUCCUUUUCCGGCAAGUGAUAUAGUUGGCUUGUUAUAUAAUCCUAAUAAUUUUAAAUAUGAUAGUAAAAACGAAUGGGAAAAAAUUAAGGGUAAUGUCUCAAAUGUUAAAAGUACAAUAAAAUCUGAAGAAGUAGAAGAAUCAAACGAUUUAUUCACCAAUAAUAGUACUAAUGAUUUUGUCAAUGAAGAAGUAAUGAAAGUUAAAAAAGAUAUAUUGUUAGCAAUUUUUGAUAACAUUGAGAAAAAUAAUAUUCAAGAAGAAGAUGAGAUUAUACCAGAAACUAAUGUAGAUCCAUGUACUUCAAAGUCUAAUGAUUCUCAUACGGAUACAAAUGUUAACGUUUAUUCAGAAACUAAAAAAUUGUAUAAUGACAAAGAUAACAUAUCUGAGAUUUUAAAAGGUUUUGAAAAAAUAAAGAGUGAUAAAGACAGUGUAUCGAAAAAAUCACACAAAAGAAGAAAACAUAAAGAUAAAGAUGAAGAUUACAAAUCGUCUAAAAGGCAUCGUAAUCGACAUUCUAGAUCUAGAUCAAGAGAAAAAGAUAAACAUAAAAAAAAGAGAAAAAGUGACAGGGAUUCAAAAUCACCAGAUUCAAAAAGAUCUAAAAAACGUGAAAAAAAGUCAAAAAAAAAGAGAAGAAAACGAUCAUCAAGCAGCAAUUCUUUGUCUGAUGAUGUAAUAAAUAGAGUUGUUAAUGAUUAUUUAGAUAAACUAAUUAAAUAG